CCUAGCAACUGAGGGCAAACAAGAUGCCGGCAGCAGCCUGAAGCCUUCUUUAGGAAGGGUGGUAUAUGAAACUGUGUUCAAGAUAAACCAUGACUUCGCCUCUCUCUUCUCUGGGGAAGGUUCGUAGAAUGCCACUUCAGGUGCAAAAAACUGGGAAGAAGAUUGUACACCUCAAAGAAAAUAUCCAGAAAGAGGAUGAACUUGCUAUGAUGGAUGAAAUCCUUGGGCCAGGUGCUCGGAUUCCAAUCAGUGCACCUUCCUGUUCAAGUGGAAGUUCAAGCCAAUCAGAGGCGGCUCCCAGUGACAUGGAACUGAUGACCUCCAUGAUGAAGAAGAUCAGUUCUUUGGAACAGAAAGUCAAGAGACAAGCACAAGCACUCCAGCACCGGGAGAAGAGGAUCAAAGAGCUUGAGGAGGAGAUACAAAUCGUUCAGAAAGGGAGCGAGAAAACUUUAGCAUCAGAUAGAACCAAGGAAUUGGAAGAGUUAUGCCUUCAGCUGCAACAACAGAUUUGGGAGAUGGAGAGGUUUCUGAAUGACUAUGGGCUGAUCUGGGUUGGAGAAGGAACAGAUUCGCCUGAUGAACUGGACUCACUAAUUGAAGAAAGGGUUCACCCACGGAAACAAAGUAUCUGGAAACCAGGUGAUAACAUCUAUUCGGGAACCCCAAUCAAUUUGGAUUUGAUUUUUGAAAACCUGAAAGACUUAAAUAUAUUGGCCGGAGAGGGCAUGUCUGAAGUUCAACACACGGCUGGUGGUGCUAGGCUGAGGCAGCUGGACACAAUCCCCCUUACCUUCUAUCAAAACGGGAUUGUCAUGUUCAACGGACCUUUCCGGUCAUAUGAGGAGCCUUCCACACAGCGGUGCCUGCGAGAUAUCAUGGAUGGCUACUUCCCUUCUGAGCUGCAGCGGCGCUACCCAAACGGCGUUCCAUUUCAGGUCACUGACAAGAGAGAUGUCUUAUUUCAGGAGAAGAAGCUGCCAGAGAGCUUUCCUGGCGUGGGCCAAGCCACUGGCCACUCAAAAGCAAAUGGAUUAAAGGAGACCAAAGAGAUCCCUGGUCCCAAGCUCACAAUGGAGCAGUUUUUGAACAAGCUUCCAAAGUCAGUGAUUCGAGAUGGGCAUGUGAUUGAUGUCCGGGGAGAGAUUAAAAGAACCCUGCAGGGCCCAGAUGGAAACCAUGAAGUGGUUCUGGUGGAGACCCCCAGCCUUGUCGCGAUGAAGAAGAGAUUAGAACAGGAUGGUAAAAAAGAAAAACCCAACACUCAAGUCUCAACUCUUCGGAUCAAGUCGGAGGACGGAGAGAAGAUAUACGUUAUCAAAAUGGCAUUCACCGAGACCAUUGGAGACCUGAGGCGACAUCUUGAUGGGAGCAGGGGAUCAGAGUCGGAACCGUACGAAAUCCUAAGCACUUUCCCCAAACGGGUCUACACUGACAACUCUAUGACCCUGGAGGAAUGUGGGCUGGUCCCCAAUGCCUCCCUUCUGCUGCGGAGAAAGAUGCCUUCUGCCAAACCAUCUGGGCAACAACUGUAAUGGUUCACAGUGGAUGAUAGUUCAUCAGGCUUGGCUGGCAUUCAGCUGGGAAGUAGUGUGCCUUCUUCUCCUACUUGGAGAUAGCAAACGGCAGAGCAUAAUCUAUUGCCAGAUACAACUAGGGCAGAUCCCAUGUAGAAAUUGGGGUGGGUGGGUUCUGUAAAGAUGGGAAAGGAAAUUAAGUUGAUGCAAUUGGAGGCAUAGAUUCCUCCCUCCCUUGGUCACCUCACCUGCAUGGAGUAACUCCAGGUCCCGCUUUCCACAUCGAGGAAGUAAUUCCAUAUUCCAAAGAAUUAA